UGGCCUAAUUCAACGUUUCUACUUCGGAAUGGAAAGCUGAUCCUAUAUAUUUGCCUACGAGAAACGCCAUUGAUCCUUCAUUACGUGGUCUGGUGUGACAACAGCUGUAAAUCCUACCAGCUCUCAUGUCCCUGCUAGAUAAAUGAAAAUACAUUACACAAUUAAAUUAAGCUAGUGAAAAAUAAAGUUAAAGGAAAAAAACAUGCUUUCUCGUUUAUUGAAGGAGCAUCAUGCAAAGCAAAACGAGAGAAAAGAACUCCAAGAGAGACGCAGACGAGAGGCAAUUGCAGCUGCCACCUGUCUAACAGAAGCCUUGGUGGAUCACCUUAAUGUUGGGGUGGCCCAGGCGUACGUGAACCAGAGGAAGCUGGACCACGAGGUGAAGACGCUACAGGUGCAGGCCGGCCAGUUCUCCAAGCAGACCUCUCAGUGGAUCAGUAUGGUGGAAGGCUUUAACCAAGCCCUGAAGGAAAUUGGUGAUGUGGAGAACUGGGCUCGCAGCAUUGAGGUGGACAUGAGAACCAUCGCCACAGCUCUGGAGUACGUACACAAGGGGCAGCUCACAUCAGCCUCUUCAUAGAUACGCUGAACCAUAACCUGGAACUAAUAGCCUGCUGCUAGCUUCAGUAGCCUGAUAGCCUGCCGCUAGCUUCAGUAGCCUGAUAGCCUGCCGCUAGCUUCAGUAGCCUGAUAGCCUGCCGCUAGCUUCAGUAGCUGAACGCUUUUACUGUGAGAGUGGUUGACUUACCACGGAUACCAGGAUUCUGUUUUUUUUUUUUUUUACAACUAAAAGCUGAUGAACCAUCUGAAAAGUUGAUUCAAGGCUUCAGUAAUGACUAAUGACUAAGGCUUUAAGGCUUGCCCAGUGUUCACGAGUGACACAUUGUGUUACAGUAGGAACAGUAUGUCUGUGGACAAAUAAACCAUUUUUAACAGAGCGCCAAUGACCCAUCUGCAACGUUGUUUUGUCCACAACCCUUUAAUUGUUAAAGGUCUGUACCGAAAUGUAUUGACUGUCGUGGAAAUAUCGGGAACUACUUGUCCACAGACCAGGUAUAAUGGGCAACAACUUCAGAUGGGUUCCAUGUGAAUUUAGCAACACUCAUAAUAAUGAUUUGGCUGUUUGUCCAGUCAAUCUGUGUAGGAGAACAAGACGAAGCAUAUUUAUCUAAUCCAUUGUAUGCCAUGUUUUAACUCAUCUUCUUUGGCAAAGGUCAAUAGUUCAGAUUGGUUUUAGUCUCUCUCUCUCUGGGGUACCAGUCUGGCAUUCUCUGAAGUUAUUCCAUUUUCCUAUUCCCAUGAGGAUGAAUAGGAUGUUGAAAAUGAUUAGCUAGUUAGCUAGGAUUAGCUAGCGAGACGUUGGAACAAAAGAGGUCUGUUUGUGAAAUAGUACCAUGGAGAAAUAGGAUUUAUUGGCUUGUAAUUGGUCGCCUGUUUAGAAGGAGAGACUUGUCUGGUAACUGCCAUCUCUCCUGGAUGACUAAAACCACGUGGUUAAACCAGCCUGAACGAUACGUUCACCAGUGACCUCCGUCUGGGGUUAAACGGGUGGCAUCUCUACCCUGUUUUUAAUUUAAAAAAGCAACGUUAAGUCUCUUGCUUCUUGAAAAACCUUUUGGGUCAAUUAAUCGUUCUCUCUCUCACGGUGUAUUUGUAGCCUGAGUGCCAGUCAGUUUCUGCUAUCGUACCGACUCAUUGUCACGCCAAACACAUUUAACCGCAAUGGAGUUGACGAGAGCACAAAGGGAUCUCGGGGAAUCAGGCUGUACGUGUCAAAUGCUUGUAUUUUAACUCUGUUUUGAUGUGACGUUUCUCUAUUCUUGAAUAAAGACAUUUUUAAAGUCA